AUGUGUAGCAGUGCAGCUAUGAUAGCGACGGUUCACCUUGUGCCAUAUUUAGUUAGCUUAUACCAUAGCGUCUGUUCAUUAUCUAUCUAUCUAUCUAUCUAUCUAUCUAUCUAUCUAUCUAUCUAUCUAUCUAUCUAUCUAUCUAUCUAUCGCAGUCUGUUCAUUAUCUAUCUAUCUAUCUAUCUAUCUAUCUAUCUAUCUAUCUAUCUAUCUAUCUAUCUAUCUACCCCAGUCUGUUCAUUAUCUAUCUAUCUAUCUAUCUAUCUAUCUAUCUAUCUAUUAAAAAGGUGCAAAAAUAAUGACGUAAUAAUGUCGUUUUUGACGUUAAAAAACACCAAAAACGACAUUAUUACGUCAUUAUUUUGCAUUCUAUCAUUCAUCUAUCUAUCUAUCUAUCACAAUUCAUUCGCAUCUAUCUAUCUAUCUAUCUAUCUAUCUAUCUAUCUAUCAUAA